GUCGAAUAUUUACUGGAAGGAAACAUCUGGAAGCAACAGGAAGAAAAUCAAUGAGCACUCUAACAUCAUGGGAUUCUUGACAGUCACCGCCAAAGCGGCUCUGGCAGCCGUUUCAACAAUACUUCCCUUCAUUUGGGUUGUCGGCCUUGUGGUGCUGACAACAACAUAUUUUUCACUCCGCCGCCACGCUGAGACGCCUCAUCAAGACGCCUCAAAAGUACCGAUCAAUUAUGAUUCAAAGUCCAAGCCCCCAGUGGACGACCCGAACGCUCCUGUCUCUGUCAAUUACUUCCCGUCCCGCGAAUGCAACUACGCCUGCGGAUUUUGCUUCCACACCAACACGUCAGGUUACAUCCUUCCCCUAGACGAAGCCAAGCAUGGAAUGCGUCUACUGAAGGACGCCGGCAUGCGGAAGCUCAACGUUGCCGGCGGCGAGCCCUUCCUCCAUCCGAAAUUCCUGGGCGAGCUGCUACGGUGCUGCAAGGAAGAUCUCGAUCUCGAAAGUAUCAGCAUCGUUAGCAACGGGAACAAGAUCCAAGAGAAGUGGCUCCGCGAGUACGGCCGGUAUCUGGACAUUCUGGCCAUCUCCUGUGACUCGUUCGUUCGCGAGACGAAUAAGGAGAUUGGCCGCGGGGAGAAUGGCGGAGCGGAAGGCGAAAAGGACCACAUUGCACAGAAGGUAUUCCAGUGCCUGAUCGUUGAGGGCGAGAACGAGGAUGAGACGCGGGUGCGUGACGCAAGGAAGUUUCUCAUCUCGGAGGAGCAGUGGCAGACGUUUUGCGGCAAGCAUAAGCAUCUGCCUUGUUACGUGCCCGAGGAUAAUGAGACGAUGGCCGGUAGCUACCUUUUGCUGGACGAGAAGUUGCGUUUCCUCGACAAGGGCAAUGGGCCAAUGAAGAAGAGCGAGUCUCUGCUUGAUGUUGGAGUGAAAAAGGCCAUGCAGCAGGUGGCGUGGGACAAGAGUGCUUUUGAUAAGAGAGGCGGUGUCUACGAGUGGCGGAAACCACAGACUGAAAGAGCAGAAGGGGACUGCAAUGGGGAUAGUAAGAAAGAAUUAGAGUGGUAG